AUGGAGAAGAUGAUAACGAGAGCUGUGAUGGUCUUCAGGUUAGACGGAGAAGGUAACGCGGUUUACACUGAAGACAUUGGGGAUCUCAGAAUCUUCAUCUCAAACUCCAAGCCUUUCUGUGUCCCUCCUAGCUCUUUCCAGGCAUGGUCCCUAACAUCGUCGAAUUCUUCGAUGUGGACGAAUUCGGAAGGUUCCGUCUCGUCAGUUCUUCUGUCACUACUGGAAGUGGAGAAUUUGAUCUCCCUUACCAGAUUCCACCCCAAAAGAUAG